CUUCCGUGUCACGCAGCUAACAUGGCGGAUAAAGAAAAGAAGAAAAAAGAGAGCAUCUUCGACUUGUCAAAAUACAUAGACAAGCCGAUUCGUGUGAAGUUUCAAGGAGGACGAGAGGCAAGCGGUGUCCUGAAAGGUUUUGACCCUCUGCUGAACCUGGUGUUGGACGGUACAAUCGAGUAUAUGAGAGAUCCAGAUGACCAGCUGAAGCUGACAGAAGACACCAGGCAGCUGGGGCUGGUGGUCUGCAGAGGAACCUCCGUAGUGCUCAUCUGUCCUCAGGACGGCAUGGAGGCUAUACCAAACCCGUUCAUACAGCAGCAGGAUGGCUAACACACUCUGUCACUCACUGAGUUACAGUCUCUCUCUCACACACACACACACACACACACACCAUGCACACACUUGACUAUUUUGUCGAGUUUUUUGUUUUAAUUUUUAAAAAAACAUGACGGUAAUAAUGCGUAAAACAAAGCAGAUUUCUGUUGUUAAGAAUCAUAAGUUGAUCAGCAAAAGGACACUUGAAAGCACUUCACUUUUGUUUAUGUCUGUGAUGUGCAAGUUCGCAGAGAUUUCAGUUGUCAGGAUUACACAUGUUUAGGAAGUGUUAACAGUUUUCUUUUUAUCCAGAAGUCAACUUUUUACGAUUCUUUGUUGUUUUUGAUAAGAAAAUAAACUGAAAACGUAUGUUGA